AUGAUCCACGCCGUCGCCCACGCUCGGCGAUUCGUCCUCGCUAAUGGUGGCAACUGUGGCUGCGAACGAGUCGUCCACGAAAGAACUUGUCUCCUUCUGUCGUUGCACCAACGUUGCUGCUCGCUGGCAAGCACGAACCCACUUGUAGUCACCAGUGGAGCUUUCGGUACGAACAUGAAUCACCAUGCCGCUCGAACCGAAGAUUUUGAAUCCUUUGUUCGUGCUCUCGACGUAAACCACGCGCAGGACACCGCGAGGUGUACUGUCAGUUUUACUGGACACAAUGGUUGGGGUGGUGGGAGUCGUCGGGGUCAAUGUAUCAGGUAUGUUGUCGUAGAAGGACAGUAA